ACACCCACAACAACCAGGCCAACUAGCACAACACCAACAGCGCCCACGUGUCCAGCAACAACUCAAUGGACGACCAAUGAACCUAUUGAAACUUCUCCGAUUCAGAUGGGUGUUCCAUACACUAUAAUAAAUAAGCAAUGCAAUACCAUGGCUCUGAGUAUCUACAAUUCCACUUUGAGCGCGGAAAACAAAAUCCAUACGGCGCCACACGUGUCAAACUGUUCGGAUUUGUCUCAAGUAUUCCGAUUACAAACAGCUAGCGGUUAUUACGAGAUUUUGUCCGCACUUGGGCUGGGGAGUAUACAAUGGACUUGGAAUAUGCAUCUGCAUUACGAUUCUGAUCCUACCCCAACCAUAGCGAGAGCCAAAGCCCAGUAUUCUCAGUUUUCUCUUCAACUGGUUGAUGCAACUAAUUUCUACACAAUACGGGUACGAGAGAGUCCACAAGCGAGCUUCUAUUACUCGGGAAUAAGGAACGAUAUUGGCGUCGACGUCCUAACCAUGGUUCCUCCGGAUCCUGGUAAUCACACGCACUUGUGGGGUUUUGUGCAAUGCCCGAAAUAACCGAGCGUGGUGCAGAAAAUGUACACUUGUGGUGGAU